GUUCUACUUAUGUUACACCAAUUUUAUGCACCUUUAGGUCAUUAUCGCGCAAAUGUCUGGGGCGCUGUGUUUGGUUGAUUGGAAAGUGUGAAGGAGUAGACGAUGCAUAUAACCGUGUAUUAACAACAUAUUAUAAUAAACUUACUUCAGAACUGUAAAAAGUUUUGUUGUCUAAAUUUGUGUUUCAGAUGAAACUUUGUGAGAAGCUGUGCUUUGUUGGAGCAACGUCUGUUCUUCUAACUACAACGUGUUUUGCUAUUAUCAGACCGGCACUUGUGUUAUACAGCUUCUCUUUUCUUUUCAUCCUUUUAUAUCUCCUGAGAGUCUACAAUUACUGGUACUUCUCGUUUGACUAUUGUGGGUGACAAAUUUAGGAAAAAUAAAUACUUAUUGUUCAUGUUGGACCCAUGCUACUUUAUCAACUUUUCAUCAUUGAUCUUCAUCUGGUUGCUGCCGCAUUCUCACGCCAUGCAGUUGUUCCACUUUGGUCUUGCCAAUUCGCUAGCCUUCGGUGGGGCGUUUCUGUUCCGUAACACUCUUGCUCUGCACGACAUCCAAAGACUUACUUCCUGUUUUAUACACGUCUUGCCUGCUCUUUUCUCAUUCUUAAUUCGAUGGCAUCCUUCGGAAACAUCAGUUUGGUGGUAUACCAAAUUAUAUGAUUCUCAUGCUUCUCUCGAAUUGUUGUCCUGGAAUAAAAAUAUUGACUGGUUGUGGCUUGUUGCAGCUCCUACUUUAUUCCAUUUCGUACGUGAGAUACUAUAUUAUACUAUAAUUUAUGGAAUUGUGAAACCCAGUGAUGAAUAUUUAGAUAGUUACCGAUAUUUACAUAAAAAGAAAAUUCUAUGGCGUUUCUUCUGGAAAUAUAUUGAUGAUCGAUGGCGUUUGAUCAGUUGGAUAGCUUGUAGUAUCAUACUGUCUACAAUUCUCUUAUUAGUUGCUGUCGUUGCGUGGUGCAAUUAUCUAUUCCAUGCAUCUAUGUUAAUUAUUCAAACAUUAACGCUAAUAUGGAAUGGUGCAUGUUUUUAUUUAGAUUAUUACCCCAUUGAAUAUACACGUAAUUUACGAAUAGAACCAGAACAAGGUAUGAUUACUGUAACUAAAAAUGAAAAUCACAUUGAUAAGAAUAAUGAUAGAGAAAUAGCUAAUGAACGUAUAAUAAACGAUGAUGUUUAUAACAAUAUAGCUGCCAGUGUAUUUUCAUGUUAUCCAACACCAGAUGAAUCAAACUCGAGGAUUUAUGAGGAUGGGCAUAUGACAGUUGAUGAGCAAAAGGUAUUGAAAGAUGAAUGUAAUACUUCUCAUUAAAAGAUAACCAUGCUUUCUGUGUGAUAUAUAUAUUCACAUGAUCAUUGAUCACAAAAGUAUAUUCAAAUCAUUUCUUGCACAAUCAAACUGAAAAGCUAAUUUAAUUUCUUAUUACAUUACUGUUUCACCGGUCUUUUUAUGCAUAAAAGCAAUCAGGACUUUUUAUCAUUACGAUCAUCAACGCUAAUGUAUUUUUAUACGGUCUUAUUUGAACGGACAGUUAUAAUCAACAAUUUGAUGAAAGAAUAUUUAUAUGAAAUUUUCAUUAACCCAACUCUGUAUAAUUCCGUACAUUUAUCAUCCGGUAUCAAAUCAUGUAUAGAUUUUUCAUUAUUUUAAACUGUUAAGUUAGUGAAAAACGAUAUAAUCUCGUUGAUUUCUUAUUUCAUCAUCAUCAUUUCCUUCAUUAUUAACAUUAGUUCAUUUCACUCUAUAAUUUUAAUUUUGAUUGUAUAAUAAAUAUUUUGUGAAUUUAUUUCUCAGUAAUCAUGCAUUCUGUGUACUUCAUAUAUUUGAAGCAAUUAGUUCCUUUUACAAAUCUCAAUAGAGUAACAUUUUUCUUUCCAAAAAAAUUCCUCUUAUUGUACUUCAUAUGUAUUAAAUUUUAUUCUUAAAAAAAAGAAAUCAACUGUAAAAAAGAUUGUUUUAUUUAUUUAUUUAUUUUUAGAUAGAUAUUUCCAGUUAUCAUGAAUGUAUUGUUUAUUUUAAUGUAUUUUGUAAUGAAGUAGUAAUUUAUGAAUUUUAACACUUUGUUUCUGUGUAUUGUAUUCCAUAUUUAUAAGGUAAGUUAAUUAAUUCGCAUUUUACAUUUUAAGUGGAUUGUACAAACAUGUAAUCAUCACACUAACCAAAUAUACAUGUACGGAAUAAAAAGUAUUUGCUCGUG